AUGGCAAACAAUCCAAUCGUUAUAUGUACGCUUAGUGUAUGUUUCAGGGAUUUAAAUUCGAGUAAGCACAUAAUCUGUGAUCAUAGUUUUGCUCAUGGUUUUAUUAUAAGCCUUCUGAACAUUCCAAAAAAAAAGAAAAAUCCCCAUUGUGAAAGUGAAAAUCAUUGCUUGCGAAAACUUGAAACUGCUAAGCUUAUAAAAUAUUUACUGAAAACAACACGACAAACUUUAUUCCUAAAAUGGUUGCUGAAGUGCUUUGGCCUUCAAUCUUCAUCAGUAAUGAAUUGGAUGGGAGGUUGGAAGGCUCACGGGCAGAAAGCAGUAAAGAUCAAUGAGAUGACUUAA